AUGGGAGAAUGCAAGGGUGAGAGGACUGAUAUUUCGAAUGACCACAUGGGCACCAGAAUUGGCGCCCUAUUCGUCAUUCUUGUCACCUCGGCGAUUUUCACCAUCUUCCCGAUCCUCACGCGCCGGAUUCCCAAUCUCCGCAUCCCGGGCGUGAUUUACGACUUUGCCAAGUACUUUGGUAGCGGUGUCAUUAUUGCCACGGCUUUUGUCCACUUGUUGGAACCUGCUACGGAUGAGCUUGGGCAGGAGUGUUUGACGGAGAGUUUCCAGAAUUACCCGAUGGCGUACGCCUUUGCGCUCAUUUCGAUGAUGCUCAUGUUCAUCGGUGAGUUCUUUGCAUACCGAUACGGUUCGCACAUUCUCGAAAGUCGUGGUAUGGGCGACUUUGCGCAUAAUCACCAUCAACAUGGUAUGGUGGCGAACGCUGUGCACACGUCGGAACAGCUACCGCAGAAUGAGGUCGAGCACAAUCUGGUGAAUCCCAAUGAGGUCGAGCACAAUCUGGCGAAUCCCAAGGAGGCUGACCUCGAGAGCGACAGCUUUGGUGGAGAAAUGGUGCUGCAGAAGAACACGUCGGGCACCGCCGAAGUGAUUGGUGUGUUUGUACUGGAAUUGGGUGUCGUGUUCCACUCGGUUAUUAUUGGUCUGACGCUCGCUACGACGGAGUGGGAAGGUGAUGACGAUAAGUUCUACGUGCUGUUCCCUGUGAUUGUGUUCCAUCAGCUGUUUGAAGGUCUUGGUUUGGGCUCUCGUCUGGCCUAUAUGCCCGAGUUCUUUAGCAUGUGGUUCUUGUGUCUGCUUGCCUUGCUCUAUGCGCUGUGCACGCCGGUCGGCAUGGCCAUUGGUUUGGGCAUCCGCAACACCUUUUCGGCAGAUACGCCCACAUACUAUUACACCACGGGUGUGUUUGACUCGGUGUCGGCGGGUAUCCUGAUUUACACCGGUCUCGUGGAGCUGAUGGCCCACGACUUUAUCUUUAAUAAGGAGAUGCACGCGGCUCCCACCUGGAAAGUCCUGCUCAACAUUUUCGAACUGUGUGCCGGUGUGGGCGUGAUGGCCCUCCUCGGUCGCUGGGCAUAA